AUGUGUGGUGUAGUAGGCGUGGUGAGUAAACAGCCUGUGAAUCAAUUGCUCUAUGAUGCAUUGUUGUUGUUACAGCACCGUGGACAAGAUGCUGCAGGCAUCGUGACUGAGCAAAACGGUGAAACCCUUUAUUUUGAUUUGGAUGGCAAAGUCCACAGCGAAGUUAUCCCUGGUCACCUCCAUAGCCCAUGCCUGUUUGAGUAUGUGUAUUUAGCUAGACCUGAUUCCUCAAUUGAUGGUGUUUCCGUCUAUGAGGCGCGUCUUAAAAUGGGUAAUUAUCUUGCUAAGCAAAUUGAACGUGUUAUUGAUCCCAAAGACAUUGAUGUGGUGAUGCCCAUCCCUGACUCUAGUCGACCUGCGGCCAUGCAAGUUGCCUUGGCACUAGGGAUUGAUUAUCGUGAA